AUGGCUCUCCACCUCCUUCUAUCCCUUGCAGCUCUCAACAAGUUUCUUCUCUCUGCUUCCUUCCCCAGACCACUCUAUCUUUCUCAAUCUCUUCAUAUCUAUCUACCUAGCUAUCUUAGCUAUAUCAGUCUGUUCAUAUCUAUCCAUCUAUCUCUAUAUCUAUCUAUUUAUCUAUUAAAGUCAGUUCAUAUCUAUCUAUCUAUCUAUCUAUCUAUCUAUCUAUCUAUCUAUCUAUCUAUCUAUCUAUUUAAAUCUGUUCAUAUCUAUCUGCCUAUAUCAUUGGUUUAUAUCUAUCUAUCUCAGUCUGUUCAUAUCUAUCCAUCUAUCUAUUUCAAUCUGUUCAUAUCUCUCUAUCUCAAUCUGUUCAUAUCUAUCUAUCUAUCUAUCUAUCUAUCUAUCUAUCUAUCUAUCUAUCUAUCUAUCUCACUAGGUUCAUAUCUAUCUAUCUAUCUAUCUAUCUCACUCGGUUCAUAUCUAUCUAUCUAUCUAUCUAUCUAUCUAUCUAUCCCAACCUAUUCAUUUAUCUCUCUCAAUCUCUUCAUAUCUAUCUAUCUCAGUCGGUUCAUAUCUAUCCAUCUAUCUCUAUAUCUAUCUUUUUAUCUAUCAAAGUCCGUUCAUCUCUAUCUAUCUAUCUAUCUAUCUAUCUAUCUAUCUAUCUAUCUAUCCCAACCUAUUCAUCUAUCUAGUUAUCUCUCUCAAUCUCUUCAUAUCUAUCUAUCUCAGUCGGUUCAUAUCUAUCCAUCUAUCUCUAUAUCUAUCUUUUUAUCUAUCAAAGUACGUUCAUCUCUAUCUAUCUAUCUAUCUAUCUAUCUAUCUAUCUAUCUAUCUAUCUAUCUAUCCCAACCUAUUCAUCUAUCUAGUUAUCUCUCUCAAUCUCUUCAUAUCUAUCUAUCUCAGUCGGUUCAUAUCUAUCCAUCUAUCUCUAUAUCUAUCUUUUUAUCUAUCAAAGUCCGUUCAUCUCUAUCUAUCUAUCUAUCUAUCUAUCUAUCUAUCUAUCUAUCUAUCUAUCUAUCUCAAUCUGUUCAUAUCUCUCUAUCUCAGCCUUCUAUCUUUCUCAAUCUCUUCAUAUCUAUCUACCUAUCUAUCUUAAUCUAUCCUACUCAAUCUCUUCAUAUCUAUCUACCUAGCUAUCUUAGUCUAUCUUUCUCAAUCUCUUCAUAUCUAUCAUCUAUCUUAAUCUAUCCAAUCUCUUCAUAUCUAUCUUAUCUAUCUUAUCUUUCUCAAUCUCUUCUUCAUCCAUCUAUCUUAUCUAUCUUUCUCAAUUUCUUCAUAUCUAUCUACCUAUCUAUUUUAGUCUAUCUUUCUCAAUCUCUUCAUAUCUAUCUACCUAUCUAUCUUAAUCUAUCCUACUCAAUCUCUUCAUAUCUAUCUACCUAUCUAUCUUAG